AUGACGCUUCUUUAUAGUCCACUUCAUUCUCAAUAUGACCGCACUUGCACGGAACAUUUCAUCGCUUCUCCAAUUCCACGUCCGAGCUCUGCCGCCUCCAACACUGAACGGACCUAUGCCGACUCAAUCCCUCGACCUCAUUCUGCCGAACACCCAUCCGCUAGGAAGAACUCUAUUCCAAGUAAUCACGACGGCAAUCCGCAUUUGUACAGAGACGUUGGCGACAAAGGCCCUCGUAUUAUCGCUCCGUAUCCAAAGAAAGCCCUGUGUGCAGGUCUACGUCUGCUAAGUGGAUUUGGAUCUGAGGAAAAACUUGUCAACAUAAAACGAGCAGUAGAAAGAGAGAGCAUGAAACUCUAUGGUGGAUUGAAAAACGAGUCUGAGGACGCUGGAAGUCUUGGACAUGAAAAAAUGACUCCUGAAGCUCUCGCCUUUGCCGAACUGAAGGAAAUCAUAGCCACUUCUUCACGUGAUUCUUCUCGUCCCGUCUCUCAAUCCGCUUCACCCACUCACGCUCGUGCCGUCUCACCUCCAAACGUUUCUGACAACGAAGGCUCUGAAUACGACGAUGAAGAUGCCAUGGCCCACAUGAGCUACUCUACCUCGGCGAUCGAGAUUAGACAACCUAAAAACCAUAAUAUCGAAGGGAACCAUUUUGAGGCUCUAAGACCAACGGCUCUCCAACGUCUGACGGUUGACUAUUCGCAUCUGAUGUUUGGCUCAUCUCCAAUUACUCGCGCCAACAACCCACUCCCCUUGGACGAAUCGUUUUCACCUGACCAACGCUUUCCAGUUUCGAGUAACCCAAAAAGAUCCUCGUUUACGUAUAUGCACAAAAAGAUGAGCACUGGUGAUUUGAACGCACCCUACGACGAUGAGAGUUUAAAUAUAGACAAGCACGGAAAUAUUGCGGAUAACGGUGUCACUGUGCCUUUCUCGAAAGGUUCCAGAGCGGCUAUCUUGUUGUCAUUGUCUGAAGGUGGACGAAGGAGAAGUCUCAGUGUCGGAAGCGUGAAUUUUAAGCCCGAGAUCAAACCCAGGAGUGUUUGUUAA